AUGACGCAAACCUAUUUCUAAACAGCUCUCAAAUAUGUGCAAACUCUUUAUGAAUAAAAGUACAUUGCAAAAGAAGAAAAAUCAAUACUUAAAAUGAUAAUUAUUCAUCAAGAUGUUAAUGACAAGUUAGUAGACAACAGAGACGCAAUAACUUAAGUCUCUUAAAAAUUAAAAACACUAAGAAGAAUUAAGAGAAUACAUCUAUAAACUUCUAAUAGUCUAAAUUAAAUUACAGAAAAAAGCAUUGAAAUUGAUUCCUGA